AUGCCUCAAUCCGAGGACGAUGUGGACUUGGACGAAGUGCUGCACGAGAUCGGUCAGUUUGGAUUGUUUCAAAUGAAGCAGUACGGGCUGAUGGCACUGCCGAUUAUGUUCAACGCCCUCUUUACGCUCAGCUACAUCUUUACGGCCGGCAAUCUAGAGUACAGAUGCUUGGUGCCGGAAUGUGAACUUCCUUCUACCGACGUUUAUCAACCGGGUUGGCUGAAUGAAUCGAUUGGGCUACAUUCUGAUGAGCGUUGUCAACGGUUCCAAUACCUGCCGAACGACACGCUCCAGCACGAGGAGUGUCUGAGUGAGCAUUUCAACACUUCUGCCCUGAUUGCGUGUGAUAGAUUUGUUUACAGAACCAAUGAAACUACAAUAGUGCGUGACUUUAACAUAACCUGUGCGCAAAACGAUUGGAAACUCACGCUGGUUGGCACGGUCAAUAACGUGGGACAGUUUGUGGCACUUCCAAUCGCCGGGUACCUAUCGGAUCGGUUCGGUAGAAAGUGGAUCCUUUUGGUGAGUGUAGCCGGUAGUGCAGUGUUCGGUCUGCUGCGCUCGUUUGCAACCAGUUACGAAAUGUUUAUCGCGAUGGAGUUCCUUGAUCCGGUGAUCGGUUCCACCAUGUACACAACGGCAUUCAUUCUGGCGCUUGAACUCGUGGGUCCGAAAAUGCGCGUCACCGGUAAUAACAUCAUUUCCUGUGCUUUUUCCUUCGGCGAAGCGCUGCUUGGUUUGCUGGCCAUGUAUUUCCGCGAUUGGCGCACGCUGUUGCGCAUUUUGUACAUUCCCGGCCUUCUGUCACUGCCGCUGCUUUACACAACCGCGGAAAGCGUACGGUGGCUGUUGUCUAAAGGCAGAAAAGAUGAGGCAUUUAAAAUAUUGAAAAAAGCCGCUACCGUCAAUGGGAAAUCACUGUCCCAGGUUGCAUUGGCCAAGUUUAACUCCACUGACAACAAGAGCAACUCGGCGAAAUCAUUAGACAGCAAAACGUAUGCCCAUUUAAUGCGCGAGGCUCUAAACAAUCCUGGCCUAGUGUUGCGUGUCAUCAACUGUUCCUUUUGCUGGCUCACCAACACGAUGGUCUACUUUGGCCUAAGUCUCAAUUCCGUGUCACUGUCGGGCAACAAAUAUCUAAACUUUAUUCUCGUGUCCCUGAUCGAGCUUCCCGGAUUCUUUUUGAUGCAACUAAUUCUCGAUCGAGCGGGGCGCAAGAAGACACUGUUUGCAACACUUGUCCUCAGUGGACUAUUCUGCAUCAUAUCCGUAUUUAUUACUGAUGCACCAGCCCUUAACCUGACGCUCUUUCUGCUCAGCAAACUUAGCAUUACGAUGGCAUUCGGCACGCUGUACAUCUACACGGUGGAAAUGUUUCCCACCAACCUGCGCCAAAGCCUCCUCUCCACGUGCUCCAUGUUUGGACGGAUCGGUUCAAUGAUUGCACCGCAAACACCGCUGUUGGCUAAAUUUUGGACACCGCUGCCGAUGAUUUUGUUCGGCUGUCUCGGCAUUUCCUCCGGCAUAGCCGCACUUCAAUUUCCCGAAACGCUGAAUAACGAACUGCCAAACACACUCGAAGAAGCAAUGAAUAUGCAAUCGAAUAACAUUCCCGCAACCGAUAGGUGA